UGCCGCCAGCCUCGCUGCCCUCUGCUGCUCGCGCCCGUCUCCGCCCCGGGCCGCUCGGGCGUUUUCUCUCUGCCUUAAAGGUGUCUUUUAUGAAUAAUCAAAAGCCGCAGAAGCCGACGCUAUCAGGCCAGCGUUUUAAAACGAGAAAAAGAGAUGAAAAAGAGAGAUUUGACCCUACUCAGUUCCAGGACUGUAUUAUUCAAGGUUUAACCGAAACUGGAACUGACUUGGAGGCAGUAGCAAAGUUUCUUGAUGCUUCUGGUGCAAAACUUGACUAUCGCCGCUAUGCAGAAACGCUUUUUGACAUCCUGGUGGCUGGUGGAAUGCUGGCCCCAGGUGGUACCCUGGCAGAUGACAUGACGCGCACAAACGUCUGUGUAUUUGCUGCACAGGAAGACCUAGAAACCAUGCAAGCAUUUGCUCAGGUGUUUAACAAGCUUAUCAGGCGUUACAAGUACCUGGAGAAAGGCUUUGAAGAUGAAGUCAAAAAGUUGCUGCUGUUCCUGAAAGGGUUCUCAGAGUCUGAGCGGAACAAACUGGCCAUGUUGACGGGUAUUCUGCUAGCCAACGGGACACUUAAUGCAUCAAUUCUCAACAGUCUUUACAAUGAGAACUUGGUUAAAGAAGGUGUUUCUGCAGCUUUUGCAGUCAAGCUGUUCAAAUCAUGGAUAAAUGAGAAAGAUAUUAAUGCAGUGGCUGUCAGUCUUCGUAAAGUAAAUAUGGAUAACAGGCUGAUGGAACUCUUCCCAGCCAACAAACAAAGUGUUGAACACUUCUCCAAGUACUUCACUGAAGCAGGACUAAAAGAACUUUCCGAGUAUGUUCGGAACCAGCAAACCAUAGGAGCUCGGAAGGAGCUGCAGAAAGAACUUCAGGAGCAGAUGUCACGGGGAGAUCCAUUCAAGGAUAUAAUCUUGUAUGUGAAGGAGGAGAUGAAGAAAAACAACAUCUCGGAACAGACUGUGGUAGCCAUCAUCUGGUCAAGUGUAAUGAGCACGGUGGAAUGGAACAAAAAGGAGGAGCUGGUAGCAGAGCAAGCCAUUAAGCACUUGAAGCAAUACAGCCCUCUACUUGCUGCCUUUACUACCCAAGGUCAGUCAGAGCUGACUCUUCUGUUGAAGAUUCAGGAGUAUUGUUAUGACAACAUUCACUUCAUGAAGGCCUUCCAGAAAAUAGUGGUGCUCUUCUAUAAAGCUGAAGUUCUGAGUGAAGAACCCAUCCUGAAGUGGUAUAAAGAUGCACAUCUUGCAAAAGGAAAGAGUGUUUUUCUGGAGCAGAUGAAAAAGUUUGUUGAAUGGCUCAAGAAUGCUGAAGAAGAGUCGGAGUCUGAAGCUGAAGAGGGUGACUGACCUGUGAAACUCUGUCCUCAGUAAAGCAAACAGGAGCUGUAGAUAAGUGUCAUGUCUCAUGUGUCUUUCCAAUUCUUACAUCCUACCUCCCUAUAUCAAGCAUGAUAUAAGGGCUCUCAUGGCAAUUUAUUUUAACUGUUUUCUAUAGUUACUGAAAUACUGGGUUUAGUUUUUAAAACCAUGUUUUAAGUAAGUAGCUUACAGGAGCUAUUAUAGAUUUGACUCUAACCUGCAUUUGUCCUUUCAGUUAUAUUCUACCUCCUGUAUUUUAUACUGUAAAAUGUAAUUUAAGGCCUUCCACAAUGAAAUCCAUUUUACCCCUUGGGUUUUCUAUCUAUAUUUGAGUAGACAUGAUAUGGUGAAUGAGAUUUAUGGCAGUUCUGUUUGCAAAUUAAACUGUAAAAAGCCUCCAAAGUGAAGAGGCCAUGGCUUGUGUGGUAACUCGGUGUGACCCAUCAGUCUGUACCACUUGCUCCCAAUAACCCCACUUGUAGGUGGUUGUCCAUCUCCCCAGGGACUCUGUCCUCUCCUUACUCCACUUCCAGCAUAAAGCAAUCUGCUAUUCCAGCUGUUGGGUGAGGUGGCUGCCCCACUCCUGGGAGCUCAGCAUCCUACUGGAGAGCAGCAGUUCUGGUGAACAGUAACUAUGGUGGGGUAUGAAGAGUGGCAUCCUGGAGCCUGCUGGCUGUCACAGCUGGUGGCCUGCAUUUCCCAGGGGCAGCACAGCCUGAGGGGCUGCCUCAUAGCUAAGCAUCACUUCUGGGGGAGUCUUGCCACUUUGUCUCUCAGGGAAGAGAGAAUGUUCUACAGACAGCUGCCUGACAGCUUUCCAGAGCCCUGGUCCUUGCUGCUAGCAGGGCGAGGCCAGGGAGCAGCCUGUGGGUGCUGCUCUGUAAAUGCAUGACUGCUGGAAGGCAAGGUGGACAAAACUCUACCCCCUCCCCCUGAAGUUUAGAGAUUAUUUUAUGCUGGCAGUUGACAUGUUAGACCAAACAGCUUAUCUGCUCCCCAAAACUUUGAAUUCUUAAUGGAAAUGCUCAGGACAGCUCAUAAUUCAAGAAAGAGUUGGUAGAAGAGUGAUGUCUCCAUGUUGUAAGCUAAUAAUGAGCAUUAACUGAAAUACUGGUAACCAGAGUACACAUACUAAAAUUAAAAAAAGAAAAAAUAAGUGAUCACAAUGCAAUCUGUUCACUACUACAGUGAUCUUUGUAACUUUUUUAAACCAAUAAAGGCCAUCCUUACACUUAAUGUCAA